UCCGUGUCUGUGUCAUGUCCGUGUCCCCGUGUCCGUGUCCGUAUCCGUGCUUCAUAGGUUGCAUGUGCAUUAGUUGAAGGGUAUACUAAUAGUUGUAGGGACUUGUUAGGAUGAGGCAAAGGGUGUUUUUAAAGCUUGUUGAAAUUAUGUGAUCUAGUAAUUUGUUAAAGGACACGAGAAAUGUGAAAGUUGAAGAGCAGGUUGCCAUAUUUUUGAGUAUAGUGAGCCAUAAAACUAAGAACAGAGUUAUCCGGACAGAUUUUAUAAGAUCUGGAGAAACAUUAAGUAGAUACUUCAACAAAGUUCUAGGAGCUAUUUGUACGUUACGUGGUCGUUAUAUGAAGUAAGCACCAAAUGAAGUGCCUCCAGAAAUUACAAAUAGUUCAACAUACCGCCACUAUUUCAAGGUAAAAUAGUUCAUACUUAUAAAUAUACAAUAUAUGUACAAUUUGCGAUCAUAUGAUUACUUACAUAUUUAUUAUAUGUUAUAGGAUUGCAUUGGCAUGAUAGAUGGAACUCAUGUUGACGCUAUGAUACCUAUGCCAAUUGUUGCACGUUUUAGAGGUCGUAAAGGAGUGACACAGAAUGUCCUUGCAGCUUGCACCCCUAAUAAAUUAUUCACAUAUGUGCUAGCAGGUUGGGAGAGUUCCGCGAAUGAUUAUAGGAUCUUACAAGAUGCACUUUCAAAACCACAAACACAUGUUUUAAAAGUUUGUGAUGUACUAGAUAACCUUUGUCAGUGUUAGUUAAUUAAAAUGAUAAGUCCGUUGAGCAAUCUCCAUUGUUAAAUUAUACGAAAUCAUUAUUUAUGUGAUGCGGACUAUAGUACCAUGCCUGGUUUCAUCUCGUCAUAUCGUGGGGUUCGUUAUCACUUGAAAGAACAUAGUUGGAAAACAACAAACAAUAGAAGAGACUUGUUCAAUUUAAGACAUUCCUCUUUAAGAUCUAAAAUUGAAUCAACAUUUGGAUGUUUAAAAAAUCGCUUUAAGAUUCUCUCGGCCAAGCCACAUUACCCUUUUCCUACACAAGUGGAUAUCGUUUUGGCAUGUACUGUCCUUCACGACUAUAUUGCCAUAGUUGAUCUUGGAGAUGACUUUAUUAAUGAGGUUACUCCUAUUGAGGAAGAUGAUGGAGAUGUGAGAAAUGAGAAUGAUGAAAAUAUUGUUGAUUACACUCAAACUAUGACACAAAGGGAGGAUAGAGAUUUACGUAUUGAAUGGAAAGGGCGUAGAUAUCAAAUUGCAUGGUAAAUGUGGGAAGAUUAUUGUUGGAGGUAUCGUGGAGGCGACACAACUGAGACUGACAUGUAAAAAUUAAAGUGUUUUCAUUUAGUAAUUAUGUCAUGUGCUAUUCAUUUGGAAAUUUAUGUUUGUUUUAUGUAAUCUUGUAAUGACUUUUUAAUAUGUUAUGUACUUUUGCGUUUGGUAUCAUUUUAUUAUCUAAGACAUUAUCGAGCAAUUAAUAGUCAUAUUAUGCAUUUGUAUAUGCUUUAAGUCAUAACAUAAUUCAAUGUGCAUGACUUGAUAUUCAAUAGGUAUGGCUGAAAAAUUACCAAUGAGAAUGUUGAAAAAAGGGCUUGGAAAAUGUCAGCACUCCAUCUCCUACCACACCAAAACCACCUCUGUCAAUUGGGUUCAAUAUGAACUAUAUGCCAUAUCAACCACCUCAUUUCACAACACCUAUUACUCAUUUUCCAAGCUAUCCAACUUAUGAAGGUAACUACCAUGGUAUGUCACAGCAACCUGUAACAUACAUGGGGAUGUUAGACUCUCCACAUCCUAUAAUUCAUACGGGUCAUAGCUCACAAGGUAAUGGAAAUCCCCUUUCUCCAAUUAGUGAUAUAGAAGGAGCAAGAUUCGCAAAUGCCAGUGGUUUUAGAGGGCUGAAAUAGGUGAUGCUGAUGAACAAUCACCAAAAAAAAAAAAAGGUGGUGGAAAGGAGGAAAACUGGUUUAACAAUUAGGCAAAGUCCGGUUAACUCAAGGGGGGUUUCAGUCAAGUUUUGGACUGCUGCUUAUGAUGAUGUUCUAAUAUAUAUACCCUAUCUUGCCAAAUUAGCAAAGGAAGGUUUUAAAGUUGAUAAAAAUUUCAAGAAACCUGCAUUUGUAAUGGUUGCAUCUGAGAUUAAUAGCAAAUUCAGAAUAGAUUUCACAGCUGAAAAUGUCAUUAACCAUCUGAAAAGUUUAAGGUCAAAAUUCAAUGACAUGUUGACUUGCAUGCACAUGAGUGGGGCUGGUUGGGACGAAGACACAAAGACAAUCAAAAUGGAUGUGGAUUCGUUUGAUAGAUGGACCCAGGUAUAUAUUUAUUUACUUACUAUUUGAUUGUAUCGUAUUUCAUAUAUUGUUCUCUUUAGCAAUUUGUUUCAUUUUCCACUGUCUUGAUAAUAUGUGUUGACGUAAUACUGUCUACUUACUUAAUUGUAGGAAAGGAAACCUAAUAGCUCUAGGCUCAGGGAGUAUAUAAACAAGCCCUUGUUCACUACCAUAAUUUACAAAUAAUCAUGGGUGAGGACCAAUCUUGUGGUGACUUUGCGAAAGAUGUGUAUGGUAAGUUUCUCACUAUUGACAUUCCUGAUGAGUUUUAUGAUGACAAUGACCAAGUUGAUGUUGAACCUGAAAAUGCUAAUGCUCAACCAAAUGAGGGUAAUGUGAAUCUGCCUCCUACAAACAACUAUCUUAAUUGUAUUUUGCCAACUACUUCCAAUGUGAAGACAUCCUCAAAGAAAAAAGGGAGUAAGUCCUCUAAUGAUGAUGACUUGAUGUGUAACUUUGUUGAAACAAUGUCCUACUCCAUUCAAAACCAGAAUAUGAUUAAUUGGACUGAGAAGUUGUCCAAGGCUUUGAAUGCUCAUGCAUAUGAAUUUUUUGAAAUAGUUUUGGACAAGAUCUUUGAUCAUUUACAUGAUAAUCAACAUGAGGCUAGAAGAAUUAUUGGCAAAACAAAGGAGGCACGAAAGAGGUACGUUACUAAACUUAUUGAUAAUGAAAAGUUUGAUGACAAUGACUGAUGUAGUAAGAUGCUUGGAAGCUUUUUGGGGUGGUGGGUGGAGCAUACUAAGUGUCUAUUUUGGAGUGUCUAAUGAUACAAACUUGAUGCAUAUUUUGGGUUGAUACAUGAUGCAAACUUACUGUCUAUUUUGUGGUCGUUGCACAUGUCAAUUGUGCGAUACUUUUGUGAAAUUCAUGCUCUAAUUGGAGCUUAAUGCGUGCUGCUCUAUAUUGAGCAUUAUAUGUAUAUUUUGGGUUGAUGUAUGAUGGACAUUUAUGGUGCCUAUAUGUGCAAAAUGUUGAAAACUAAUUAUAGUCUGUAAAAGAACCUGAAAUAUAGCAAAUUUCAUUAGCAUGCUCCAAAAAUUGCUGCUAAUUUCUU